UCCAUUCAUGCGCACGGGAGACCUCAGACUCGAAAGUAAGCGCGGAGCCGCCAACGAGUUUAGUGAAACGCCACAGCUGCAGUGAAAAUGUGUGCGAGUUUUAGACUUAAAGCAUGGCAAGGAUAACAAAACUGAUGAUCGCGACAGAACAGCUGGUGGUCACGUCACUGCGGAUGAUGUUAUAGAGGACACAGAGGCAUUCUGGGAAAGAACUAAGAGGACACUGGCCCAGUGAGGUGCUUUUGAGACUUUCGGUGUCCCUGCGGUUGUCCCAUUUUUCAGAGUGUUGGUGCCAAUUGCGGCUUAGGACCGGAUCCUCACCCCAUGGUGCUAAACAUGGUGCUCAGAGGCUGCCCCCUCGUCCUGCUCCUCUUAGUGGUCGCUGAGGCCGUGGCUGGCCCUCCGCAUGCCUUCCAGACCUUCAGCCCUCCCGAGGGAGGCCUCACUCACCUGGUGGUCCACAACAAGACGGGCGAGGUGUACGUGGGAGCGGUCAACUGGAUCUACAAGCUCUCCAGCAACCUGACCCAGCUGCGCAACCACAUGACCGGCCCCGUGGUGGACAACGAGAAGUGCUACCCGCCACCUGGCGUCCAGUCGUGCCCCCACGAGCUGGUGCAGACCAACAACGUCAACAAGCUGCUGCUGCUGGACUACGGCCAGAACCGCCUCAUCGCCUGCGGCAGCACCUCGCAGGGCAUCUGCCAGUUCCUGCGACUGGACGACCUCUUCAAGCUGGGUGAGCCGCACCACCGCAAGGAGCACUACCUCUCCAGCGUCUCCGAGUCCGGCACCAUGUCCGGGGUGGUCAUCAACGGCUACGAGGGUGGCGGCAGCACAGGGAAGCUGUUUGUCGGCACUCCCAUUGAGGGCAAGUCCGAGUACUUCCCCACGCUCUCGAGCCGCAAGCUGAUGGCCAACGAGGAGAACGCGGACAUGUUCAGCUUCGUCUACCAGGACGAGUUUGUCUCCUCGCAGCUCAAGAUCCCCUCGGACACGCUCUCCAAGUUCCCCACGUUCGACAUCUACUACAUCUACAGCUUCAGCAGCGAGCAGUUCAUCUACUAUCUCACCCUCCAGCUGGACACGCAGCUGACCUCGCCCGACGCCAGCGGCGAGCAGUUCUUCACCUCCAAAAUCGUGCGGCUCUGCGUGGAUGACCCCAAGUUCUACUCCUACAUCGAGUUCCCAAUCGGCUGCACAAAGGACGGCGUGGAGUACCGCCUGGUGCAGGACGCCUACCUCAGCCGGCCAGGGACCCGGCUGGCGCGCUCGCUGGGGAUUUCCGAGCGGGAGGAGGUCCUCUUCACGGUCUUUGCGCAGGGCCAAAAGAACCGGGCCAAGCCACCCAAGGAGUCGGUGCUCUGUCUGUUCACCCUGCGCAAGAUCAAGGAGAAGAUCAAGGAGAGGAUCCAGUCAUGCUACAAGGGAGAGGGGAAGCUGUCUCUGCCCUGGCUACUCAACAAGGAGCUGGCCUGCAUCAAUUCACCACUUCAAAUAGAUGACAACUUCUGUGGGCAGGACUUCAAUCAGCCCCUGGGUGGGACCAGCACCAUCGAAGGGCUGCCGCUGUUUGUGGACAAGGAGGACGGAAUGACCUCGGUGGCUGCCUAUGACUAUCGUGGGCACACGGUGGUGUUCGCAGGCACCCGCAGCGGUCACAUUAAAAAGUGUACAGUACACGGUGCCCAGGAAUCUCACCUGAUGCCAAGGACAGCUGCUCGAUCAACAGCUCGCAGCAACACAUCUGCGCCUGGCCCCUGACGUCAACCCUCUGUUCGACAACUGCCACCGCACGUCUCGAUGGCGGGGAGUUGGCAGGCCGAGACAGCUGU